AUGUCCUUGGAGAGACCACCCCACCCCCAAUCAGCGACCGAAUACGGCUCCAUAGAUGCCUCCGCGGCUGCCCCGGGUGCUGACUUUGGGUGGGACAAUUUCGCCUUCUCCUUCCCCGACUUCAUCCCGUCCCAGUUCCUGGACACGGACGUUUCACUCUCCGAUCUCCUGGAGCAGUUCCCCACCCAGGAAUCGGAGCCUCAGCUCCCUUUCCAGUCGCCAUUGCAAUCCAAACAAAACUACCUCUCCUCGUUAGAGGAUCCCACGCCCUUUGAUGCGUCCCAGACCGUGCCGCGGCGCUUACCGUCGAUUGACGACCAACUGCCCAAGACCGGGCUGGACACCGAACUGGACACCCCCGGCAAUCCAUGGGCACUGUCCGCUGCCACUUACAAGACCAUACUGGAGAAGGUCGCCCACAAGCGAUCGGCUCUACCAGACUUCUCGCUCCCGUCCCGAUGUGCCCUCGUCCGCUACCUCGAAGGCUACUUCCGCGGCUUCCAUGACCAUCUGCCCUUCAUCCAUGUCCCGACCUUCCACCCCGAGACCAUUGAGCUGGAGCUUCUCCUGUCCAUGGCCGCCGUCGGUGCGCUACAUCGCUUUGAACAUGUCCGCGGGCACGGCCUGUACAUGGCAGCGCGAUCUCUCAUCGAUCAAGGCGCCGAGCACCGUCGGAGACAUCUGGUCGGGCAGCUGGCACGUCGGCCACCCUCAUAUGGGACCGCGAGUCCCGCUACCUCCCACUCCAACACCUCGCACAGUCACACAACCCCCGGCAGCGUGAGCCCCAGCGAGUCCCAACCCUCCGAUCCAGGGCCACCCUUGGGCUAUCUCCAACAGGCCCAGUCGCUGAUCAUCCUCAUGGCCAUGAGCGCCUGGGGGGAUGAGAUUCUCGUACCGGACAGCUUGGCGAUGAGCAGCCAACUGGCGGUUCUCGCGCGCUCCCUCGGAAUCCAGCGGCCCGACAGCUGCGGUAAUGAAAACCUGACGUGGCGAGCAUGGAUCGCUCACCAACAGCGACGCCGUACCUUGCUGGUAGCAUACUCCCUGUUCAACCUCCAAAGCAUCAUCUUCAACAUCCCCCCCAUGAUCCCCACCAGCGAGGUCGGCCUCUGUCUCCCAUCGUGUGAAGCAGAAUGGAAGGCCUCGUCGUCAGCAGCCUGGGAGCGCCAUCGCGCAGUGUCCGCCCUCGGCGAGCGUUCCUUCCCCGCAACCCUAAACCAACUCCUCUGCGGCCAAGACAUCACGCAAGGCGGCCUCAUCUCGCCCUUCUCCAACUACAUCCUCAUCCACGGCCUCGUCCAGAAGAUCUACUUCGAGCGCCAAGCCGCCGACUUCAUCCCCCAGCAGACUUUCCCGAUGCGCCCCCAGUCUCUGGAGAAUAUCGAGACCGCCCUGAAGUGCUGGCAGUGUUCCUGGGAAGCAACCUGGGAGUCGACUUUAGAUCCGUACUCUCCGAAGGGUCCACUCGGGUUCAACGCCACCGCGCUGCUCCGUCUCGCGUACAUCCGUCUGAACUGCCACUCCGGCCUCUGUCACGAUCUCUUGUCCGGCGACCCCAUCCGCCUCAAAUCCCUCGUCUCGGACUCGCACCUCGACUGUCUCUCCCGCUCCCCCUCCCUCGACAGAGCCGUGCUGCAGUGUAUCCACGCCCUCAGCAUCCCCGUGCGCGUCGGAAUCCCCUACCUCUCCCGCACGCAGACCCUCCACUGGAGCGUGCAACACUCCAUCUGCCAUCUCGAGUGCGCCUUCCUCCUCAUGCGCUGGAUGCAGACCAUCUCCAAAGCCGUGGCUAUGGGCGGCAUGGCGUCGCUCCGCGGGGACGAGCGCAAGCUGAUCACCAUGGCAAGACAUCUGAUUCAGGAGACCGAUUUGGAGUUUCUCAUGGACGGUCAGGAUGGCGAGUUUGUCAAUCUGGAUUGUCUGACCGUGGCGACCGCGCGGCUGUGGGCGGAGAUCUCCGGUGGAAUUCAUGUCUUUAACAUUGUCCAUCGGAUUGGGGCGUCGUUGUCGAGCAUUGCGGAUGCGUUGGAACAUUUGCUUGUGCGGUGA